CUUCUGCGUGAAUCUCGUCUCUUGCUGCUGCCGUGGAUCCCCUGCAGAACUUUUCGUGCGUAUGCCCGUGUCCCUGUGCGUAUAGAUGUAUGGCAUGCAACGGAAGAUUGAGUAGAGAUUCGAGAAGAAGGGCGCUUUGGGAAAGGGGGGCCGAAUUUAAGGGCCCGUACCACGGUGCCGAUACGACGCACUACGAGACAGAUGAGUUAGAUAAGAGUGCAGGCUACUUCUGGGAAUCGGUCAGAAAGCGAUACGGUACGUUUGAGGAUAUAGAGGACCGGAUCGACCCUAUGUGUGUGCAGAGGACGAAUAUCUAGAUAAGUGCAGCGCAAGUGACGAGUAAUCUGUAGUCGGGCGGUGGACUUCGAUGGCCAUGGGCCGUCUUCGUGUCCGUGUAUUCCUCGUCGGAUUAGGGCUGGCAGUCCAAGCCUCAGCCUACGUUCAAACCACUUCGAGAAGCGGCCCUUUCGGUACUCUCAUUGCCGUCGACGGAGCUCGGCUAAAGUUCCAGAAGCAGCUGACUGAAACACAAGAGGAAUCUAAAAAAGUGUACAAUGAGUUCAGAGACUCCAGCAGAGACUUAUUAGUCGGAUCAGGAUAUGACCCAUCGACCGGAGUUUACGUGCACGAUUAUGGAGAGCAGGGAAUCCGAGCGUUAGGCGAUAGCCUCGUCAUUACCGAUUCAUCCUAUCCUAUCGGUUUUCAACAUCAGGAAUACCAUGCUACUGGACAUCAAGGUGGCCAUAGCCAGAGGACUUAUGAAGGUCAUAGAGACCGCGGAAGCAGCCAUGAGGCCCAUAGUAGCCACGUAGAUUUUUCCGUUGCUAGUGGCCUCGACGCGCAUGGCCAUCAGGAACACGACACUCUAAAAGGCCAUCAACAAAAGGAUGGGCAUUAUUAUGUGCAUUAUGAACGUGGACAACAAGAUGAGCAUGGUCCCGUAGAUGACGAAGUUCCAUCGGCGGGAUUGCCUUCGCGUCACGGUGUAUAUUAUCUCUCGGCUCGGCAGAAAAAUACUAUUCCUCAGGAGCGGGCUUCAGGACAUUCACGCCACAACAACCACGGUCCUCAGCAGUUUUUCCAUCGUGGCAGCUCCCGAAUUCCUGCAGCUUCGCGUACGGGCGACUUGCAGUGCCCUAGGGAAGGUCUCUACCGCCAUCCAGGUGAUUGCUCAAAGUUCUAUCGUUGUGUUAAUGGUGGCGACCUUUAUCUCGAGCCUGUCAUGUUUGCUUGUGCUACAGGCUUAGCAUUCGAUGAAUCAUUAGCAGCUUGUACGUGGCCAGAAAACGUUCCAGGCUGCCCGAAUUUCUCAGGACUCCCGAGUGACAACUUCCCUGCCAUUAACCGUCACCUUGAGGCAACCCAGAACUUUUUCCAACACACUCGUCCGAUAACGCCACAACCUUCAGCACGACCGAUGACAGAAUCACCGCGGCCUACAGAAGCACGUAUUUCAUCCCCUGUAGAUGUUGCAAAUAGAAAUCCUGCUAACUUUGUUGUUGAUACGGAGGAAGAGCCUCGCUGUGUCCGAGAUGGACUGAUCCCUACAUUGCCAUGCGCAAAGCGCUUCUAUCGCUGUGAGAGCCUUUCAAAGGGAAGAUUCAGAUUGCACAAGUAUAGAUGUCACGAAGGCAUGAUCUUCGAUCAAGCAAUUCCCGGCUGCAUUGAGGUUGUCCAUUAUCCAGAGUGCCAAAACCGUAUUCAACUCGCAAACACGACCUCCGCCACUUUCGUCACUCCGAGGCCCACUCCCACAACGACAGUGGCAACAGCUUCGUCCGUCGAGCAUACCCUAAUAGUUAACGGCUCCUCUUUAGGUGUCGUUGAUCCCUCCCUAGUGAUUCCGGCGAAACGAGUGAUGAAAAAUUGCGGUGCCGAGUUCGACGGAGAUCGUUGUACGCCCUUCUACAAGUGCACGGAUAGUACCCGGCGUGGCAGAGCGUUCCGGUUUGAAUGUCCUCAGAACUUAGUGUUUAAUCCACGUACAGAGGAAUGUGCUUAUCCAUCAGAAGUAGAUGAGUGUGAAGCCUUUAUUUUGGAUCAUCCCUCCGAUGUUGGAAGCCUACAAGGUGGCAAGAUGUUUGAAAUUUCAGAAUCAAACGUUAUAUAUUUUCCUUGUUCACGCCCAGGUUUCUACAAGGAUGUGAACAAUUGCUCGCAAUUCAUCAGAUGUUUCCCGACAAGUAAUGACUCGCUUGUUCUAAGAGCUGCCCGUUUCGAUUGUCCUCGGGGGUUAGUGUUCGAUGAAGUCGCAGGAGCUUGUGAGCACGCUGCUCUUGUUCCCAGCUGUGGCGCUGCUAUUCUUGAACAUUCCAAUGAUAUACUGACUAUGAAAUGCGAAUUCGAUCCCAUUUACCAAGACCUUUGUACACCGUUUUAUCGCUGCAUAGAUGACAGUCAGCGUGUAAUGCGGUUCUCUUGUCCCAAGAACCUUGUAUAUGAUAUCAAAAAUCAGCAAUGUAACUAUCCAAACAAUGUCUUCGAAUGCCGUAAUCCAUUACCAUCUAAACGAGAUGCAGCUCUCGCAAGCAAAUCCUGCUCCGGCGACGGCUUCAUCCGAAGCUCGGCGAAUUGCUCACUGUUCUAUCGUUGUACUAAAGUUAACAGCCACACAGAGGACUUUACGGCACAUCUUUUCUCAUGCCCGCCUGGACUGGUCUUCGAUUACACUCUUGAUGCUUGUAACUACGAUUAUCUUGUAAAUGAUUGUAACCAUAUGAAGGAAGCGAAGAGGACAGCAACGAUAAUUCCAGCGCAGGAUGCUCCUACUAGGCUACAUAGAGUACCGGCUUCACCCACGGCCAGUGUGUCUUUUGAACAGCGCGAUAAUUUUGACACGAGGGUAUCGUUUGCGUCUGUAGACAGUGGUGGCAGCUUUUCAUUUGCCCCAGGCACAGACAGAUCACCACUGACUAGCCGACCCGUUACUGGAAUGGAGGAAACGCGACGAAGACCUGCUCAGUCGACCUUUGCACCUCGUAUUCCCAGUGACGGCGAUCAGUCAUCAUCAGGAGGAUUUGUAUUUCGCCCUGGUUCAAGUGCGGCUAGUACUGGAAAUCCCGGUAAUAUAGUAAUGGGACCGGCAUCAAUUCCUGGUGCCUCUCAGAUAUCUGAAGAUACCUAUCCAUGUGUAGUAGAAGGUUUUUUCCGAGAUACUGAUAGCUGCCAUGUAUUCCAUCGCUGUGUGCGAACUGAGGAUCCAAGGCGGCCUUUUGUGGCUCACAUGUUUAAGUGUAGGGAAGGCCUUGUUUUCGAUGAUGUCCUCAAGGGCUGCAACUACGAAGAUAUGGUUCCAGAGUGUAGCCAACGUGAAGUAUUUGAGACGCGACCUUUCAAGCAAACAAUGCCAGCCCUCACUACAAAGCAUUCUUCUGAAGUCACGGAGCGCGUUGGUUUUCGUCGUACAACACCCAUACCUCAAGCUUCUAAGGUGACCUUUGCAUGGAGACCAGGCACGGUGACAUCUCCUCCUUCAAUGAUUGGAUCUUUACCUGAGCGGCGUAUGCGACCCAGUACUUGGUGGCCGCAUACUACCCCAGAAUCAAAAGAUCCUCAGGUUUCAGAUAUCGAUGCACCUUUGCCAGCGCCUCCGAAAAGACCAACUGUAAUUAAUUCCUCCAAUACAGUAGGUUUCAGUUUCAAGGAUACCAGGCGUCCAACGCGACCUGCUCCGCAUUCUGCGCAACCUGUGUCUUCAGACGAAUCUUUACUUUCUCCUAGACCCCUCCCACUAGCUCAACCAACACGUCCUUCUGCACAACAAGAUUCUAUUUCGACUCCUGCUCAGCAUCAUAUGGAGGUUGUACCCUCAAAACCUUUAGCUCCACCUAUACGCUUCUCUUUUGCACAACAAGACUUCAUCCCUCAAAGGCAUCCAGCCUCGCUUCGACCUCCGGUUCCGGGGCAACCUGCUCAUACGCCUUUUUCUCCACCUAGGCAGCAAAAUGACAAUCCUGAGAGGGCCUCUGAAAACAGAGAAUUCGUCGUAGCUGAGACAGACGUUAUUGUCGAAAAUCGAAUUGAUCAUGAUAUUAGCAAUGACGAAAGCGAGUUUCCCAUUAGUUUCAAGUGUAACCCCGAGGUCUUCUACAGGAAGUCUACGCGAUUCUGCACGCCAUUCUAUCGUUGCACGAGAACAGUUGUUGUAACGGCGGGUAACAAACGGCGAGAAAUAACUGAUACAUAUCGUUAUGCCUGUCCCAAGGGUUUUGUGUUCGAUCGAGAACUUAAAACCUGCGACUAUCCAAGCAUUGUGCCUGAUUGUGAAAAUCUCGACCCCAAGGAGAUCCUCCCUGCGCCGGCCAUCGGCUCGAAAUCCUCUGUACCUUGCACACGCGAAGGUUAUUUCGGACAUUCUAGCCAAUGCAACAAAUACUAUCGUUGUGUACAGGUGACCCGACAACGUUUCUUCACGUACGAAUACGAAUGUCCACGUGGGUUCGUAUUUAAUCCUGACACAGAUAAUUGCGACUAUCCUGACCGCGUUCGUGACUCCUGUGGAGUCUCAGUAAUCGCUGCGAGUCCAUCUUGCUCUGGUGGCAUCGAUUACGAACGUUCAAAAACCGACUGUUUUCAAUUCUAUCGGUGCACCCAUAUACCAGAAAAUUAUCCACAACAACCGAUUCCCUUAGCAUGUCCUGGAGAAUUGGUGCUGGUCGGUAACUCAUGCCAAUGGCCUGACCGACGAGAUUCCUGCUACCGAGAGGAUCAUCACCGCCGUAGACGGCUUUUGAAUGAUACUCUAAAUAAUGCUACAAACGUCAACCAGGGCGCGGUUUGCCGGACUGAGGGGGUGUUCAGGGACUCCGAUGAUUGCGCGCGCUUCGUGCGCUGCGUAAGAUUACCCCACAAACCGCACAUAUUCUCUGUAUACAAGUAUUCCUGCCCGCGCGGAACUGUCUACAGUAUGGUGACGGGGGGCGGUUGUCGCAAGCCGCCUCCGAGUGAUCCUUGCUAUAAUUACGCGUCAACCACAUCGAUAUCAUUUCCCCAAAGGGGUAUGACCAGCCAUGUUGCUACCCAGCAUCAGUUCCCGUGCGCUAACCCGGGCUAUCAAUCUCAUCCAACCAUCUGCGAUAAGUACUAUCAUUGUCAAGAUGUUGAUGGCACUGGCCGCACGUUCCGCCAGACUCAUUUUUCCUGCCGCAAGGGCCUGAUGUUCGACGCAUCUACCAUCACCUGCAAUAUUCCUAGUCUUUCGCGUUCUCCGUGCAUCAGCCGCCUUUCAAGCGCAGCUUCCCCUUCCUCAAGCAGCUCGUCACCAUCCACUACAGCGUUAAGUUCUUCACCGGUUGUUACGUCAAAAAAAUCUUCCUCAAACAGCCGUUCAACGCAUACCCCAAGUAUGAACUCGAUCGUCAGCGACUCGUUUAUCAAGCAGGGGCCACAGCAGCAGGAACAAGCGCAACAGCAUCAACAGCAAGUAAAUUAUCAUCAGCACCAACAUAGUCAUCAACAUCACGAACAGCAGCAAAAACAACACAAUGUAAAGUCUGUAAACGUUGCAGCGUCAGGACUGGCGUGUAGCAGCGAAGGAGCCUUUGCGGUUCCAAACAAUUGCUCGCGGUUCUACCGAUGCAUACGAGACAGUUUUGGAGGCCUUAGCUCCUACGUGUUUGCCUGCCCUGAGGCUUUGGUUUGGGACUCGAACCAAGGAGCAUGUAAAACUCCUUCAUACGUACCUGUUCCAUGCGGCACUCUGAGGCAGCAGGAGGUGAACACGAUUUCACCAUCGAAUAUUGCUGUUUCGCCAAUAAAUGCUCAGCAAGCCACGCUGACUCCAACUCAGCAUAGAUCAUACGACGUGGUAUUAUCAUCGCCUUAUUCACGUCAGUCGCUUCCCCCUAGCGAAAUCAAAGGACAAGGUAUUGAGUCAGUCACCCUACAUGGAAAUGACACAGACGCUGCUCCUUUCUUUUGCCCUCGCAAUGGAUAUUUCCGAAACCCCAACAACUGUCACAGUUUCUACCAGUGUUCAUUCGUAAACGAAUCUCGUACAUACCAGAUUACGCAUUUAUAUUGUCCGGACAAGCAAGUGUUUGAUGAGAGCAUUAAUGGCUGCGAUUGGUCCAGUAAAGCCGCACCUUGCGACAAAAAUCACACUGUUAUUUUAGCUAAAGCAGGAACAGGGCCGGCCACCUCAGGAGUGAACCAAAGUACUGAGCAAAAUGAACGGACCCAGGUUAAUAACAUAACUGUAAGCAGUCAUGAAUCAAAUCAGAGUAGUCAAGGAAAUGUUACACAUAUUGGCCAUCAAAAUUCGACUCACGGAAGCCAAAAGGUAUUAAGUCAACAAGGAUCAGGCCUUAUGGUAAACGGAAACAAUCAGCGUGCUGCAAAUGAAAAUAUAAUGCAAAACAAUCAGCUGGCCACCGAUCAGCAUAUAAGACAGGGCACUCAGCGCGGAUUGAAUCAAGGUGAAAGCCAAAAACACCAGCACGGUUGGAACCUAGUAGCCAGACAGGAUAACGCAUCAGACCCGAAGCAGAUAGAUACAAGCCUGGUAUAUACCCAAACAAAACCCCAAAGCCGAGGGAUAAGUCAGAAGGAAUCGGAUCAAGGCAUGACCAGAGUUACGAAUCAAAAACAAUGGAACCAAAACACAACGCGCAAAUCAAAUGAGAUUUUUUCCAGUCAGGCUGCUCAGCAGGCAAAAUGGCUGCACACGUCUAGCCAAAAGAAAACUCACAACAACAGCCAACAAACCUAUAAUCAAAUACUUGGUGGGCAUACAUCGAGCGGGCAAUCGAUCACAACAAAUUUACAGUUAGCGAGCUCCAACAACUCCACCAAUCGACAGCUUAAAAAUCAGGCCUGGAAUCAGCAAGUUGCAAGGAUAACUACUAAUAGAAUCGAAAGCGAUCAAGCUAAUAGCCAGCAAACACCAUCACUGGGUUCGCAAAGUUCCCAUCGAACCUCAUCGUACCACGACUCAGGAUCGGCGUCCUCUUUACUGAAUUCCAACUCGUCAGGGAGCAGUAGUAUUAGCUCAAAUAGUUCAGUCUAUUCGUCUCCCACUAGGCUUGUUUCGUCAACCAUCCAACAUGCUCCUUCAUCCAAAGGAAACAUGACCAUUGAACAUCCUGGUAGCCCAACGCAACCAAUAAACAGGCCCGAAGUGAUCGCUGUCAGCCUACGUCCGGUGGUUUCUCAUGAACACUUACAACCAGUGUUAAUUCCAAAUCUUCGAUUAGAUAGUACAAACACUUCAUUAACAAAAAUAGCGGAUACAGUAACGACAAAAUUACAAACUACGACGACGGAAGUAGACACCACAAACUUCGGUUUAACACCUGCCGAAAUAGCAGUUACGAGCUAUACGACGGAAUCAGACGUUUUAGCUGCAACACCUAUAACAAGUGCAUCGUCUAUAACGAGUAGCGAAUCGGACAUUACAGGAACAACCCAAGAGGCGCCAACUGAUCGACAAACUGCAAUUAACGUUACGCAAACGAAGAUUGAGUUUACAAGCCAGGCACCCGAAACAUACCGCUCUAUAACAGAAGCCCAUACUACUACUACGAGUAGGUUACUUCUUGCAACAAAAGCGUAUGUUCCAGUUGCAAUCCCUGCGACAAAAAUGGAGCCUCCACUUAUUGCGGGUGUAAACGAAACGGAGGAUUACACAGCGUCUCCUUAUGUGCCUGGCACCAACGUUCCAGCAAUAACUUAUUCAGUACGACCCCACACUUUGACUCAAGUGUCCUUCACUGAGUCCGAUACACCGGCCACAGUGCACACGACGGAAUCGGAGCAGACGAUCACAACAGAAAGCCCAAACUUAAAAUUAGCAGAAACACAAUUUUCAAGUACAACAGAUGAGCCCAAACUGGAGGCCCUUUCCACAACUCAGGGUAUAGACACAACAACGACCCUUACUGUCGACACAACCCUUGUAACUGAACCAAAGGCUCAUCAAGUAGGGGUUAUAGCUAAAAUGCAUGCAACAAGAGUGGAGCUUGCUGCUACAUCAACUGUGGCCACAACGAAGACUCCGAUGACGGUAGGCCCAAUAGAAAAUAGGCCUAGAGCUCCUGUAACCACAACGGAGGCCCCAUCGACAACUCGUUUACCUGAAAUAAACGCUAGCGCUACGGCUCCCAGAGACGUUAUACAAGCACCAGCUGUCACGUCUGACCCGAGAAUCACUGUGAUGGCACACGUUGCUAAGACGACAAAGGUUGAGAAACAAGUUGCAUUCGUCUGUCAUCAACGAGGCUCGUUUGCGUUUCCUGGAGACUGCCGAAAAUACGUACGCUGCUCGCCUUGGGGAUCUCAAGCGUUCCGUAUGAUCGUCUUGGACUGUCCUUCAGGCAGCGUUUACGACGACAAGCGAAAGGUCUGCGUUGGAGAUAGAGAAAACAAAUGCAAGCCUCUCUCGGUAACAACACCCGUGCCCACUGCCAAUAAACUUCAUGUAGCCAUCGAUUGGCCGUCUGGACAAAAAAUCAAUUCAAUACAAGCAACGAUGAACAGAAGCAUUUCUUUGACAAAGAACCAUGACGUGGCAGCAAAUGGUUUGUCAAAGUCAGAAAUUCCGGAUACAGGGAAUACUGCAGACCAGGACGUUAUAAUAACGAUUGAUAAUGCAGAAAUUGGGCCCGAAACGAUAACUAUGGAAGCUGUUGCGAACACCAGCGCUCUAGCAGCGACGCAUGAGAUUCAACGCCCUUUAUAUGUUAAACUAAAGACUGGAACAAACUCGACAGAAGCUUAUCGCAAAACAGAAGCAUCAACCCCAAACAUCGUUAAUGCAGCGGAAAUGGCCAAUGAGCGCACAUCCUAUGUACCUAAAAUCAGAACUUUAGAAAUUCCUAACGCAAUGGUGUCUACUGCAAAUACGGAGGUUGUAAAAAAUGUUCCUGUAACUGAUAUAGAGGUAUUGAACACAGAAGCCCAACAGAAACCAUUGCUGGUUGCUACUAUGGCUCAAACGAUUGAAGUAGAAACUUCAAUUCCAACUGAGCAAACUGAGACAGUUAAAACCUCAACUCACACAAUAGCACCCGAGACUUCAGCGACAGCCGCUAAACCAAGCACUGAAAAUUCAUCUAUAACGGAAACGGACUUUCCAGCCAUCAUUCACACUGCACAAAUAGUAGCUACACCUAUCAGCACUAAAGUCAAUCAAAUGACAUCGGAAAAACAUAGCUCAACAAGCCAAGAGCCCCUGGAUGGUCGCCAGAAUGUCGCCCAAUACCAAUCAAUGGAAAGUUCGGCCAUCACGUCUCUGUCGAGUGCAUUAGAGAGUCUUCCUAGCAAGAUAGCAGCUAAAGGUAUCGCUUUCACUCUACCAAGCCAUAGCCUGUCAUCUGUUCCUGGUCAAGGAAAACAGCAUCCGGUUUCCGAAGCGUCAUACGAAGAUCUACAGCUGGCGAACGAAGUUUCCAUUUCCUCCGACGACGGCAGCGGCAGUGUCGAUAGUCCAGUUUCAGCGCUUCAGAUUAACACCGAUCAACGAAUCCGACAAUGGACACCCGAACCGUUUAUUGAGAGCGGUCGACCAGCUGAGUUUGUAACAGAGUUUCAGAUGGAGUUCUGUACUGAGUGUCCCGAACAGAUGAUGACGGGAGUGCCUGAACAAAGCAAUCUAAUUUCCGCGCAGUCAUCUCUUAACACUGAUGCUUUAACUAACAAAUCCACCCUUGGUCAAGGUACGGCUGUGCACCCACUAACCGUAGAGGGAGCGACACUCAAAGGUGGUGGAAGACUAAGCGUGCACGUAAAUACAUCCGUUCUACUAGAGCCUGGAACCGGCGGGGAGGCGGACUUUGGCCGUCAAUCAGGACCUGCACGACCUGAGUUACCGUGGAAUAGUCCCGCGGCACCACCCCUGUCGAACCAAGAGCUGCCACAUUCCUGGCCAGGCAGUUUUCCUGGAGAAACCGGUAUCGAAAUUACUCCUCCCGCUGCUAGACCAUGCACUGGAGACUGCGAUCUUUAUUGCUCGGGGCCUGGGUUCUUCCGACACCCUAAAGAUUGUUCAAAUUUCAUCAGAUGUGUCGAAAACGAGGAGCGCCUAGGAACAUAUCGGAUCUAUGAAUUCGAGUGUCCUGCAAGUCUCGUAUUUGAUGAGCUAGCUUCGACCUGUAAUUGGCCAGACCAAACUGCACCAUGUACAACUGGUGGCCCAAAACCUCUGCCUGAGGGAAGUGCUGCCCCAGGAGGUGGUCUUCUAGGAGGCCCAGGAGGAACCAGAAGAGGAAAACAACCUGGCGGUGGUGGCUACUUUUCCGGAGAUGGACGAUUCUCAGCACAAUUUCCACCCGACCAAGAAGACUAUUCAGGACAGAUCGGCCAGCCAGAUCAAGAUCGCCAAGGAGGAUAUUCUGGACAGGGCGGCCAGCCUAGUCAAGGUCGUCAAGGAGGACAUCCAAGUCUGAGUGAUCAGGGUCAGCAAACAGCAGGACAGUUUGAUCAAAGUGGCCUUUCGCCACCCGGAGGCCAGUUUUCAGCUGGCGGGCUACGCCCAGGAGGUGCUUCAUCUCCGUCAUCUGGUGGAGGAUGCAACCCCUGCAAAUAUACCGGAUUCUUUCGUCAUCCGAGCAGUUGCAAUAAAUUCAUCCGUUGUGUGGACUUUUUCGAUAACGGCCAGUACACCGUUUUCAAUUUUGAUUGUCCCGCAGGACUCGUAUUUGACGAACGAUACAACGUGUGCAACUGGCCUCAUGAAGCACCGCCUUGUGAAAAUGUCCCUUCAGGGAAUGAGUGUUCCACUGGUCAGUCUCAGUCACAGCAGCCGCCUGUUGGAGAACUCGGAGGUCCUCAGGGACCUCCGCCAGGAGCUCAGCAAGGACAAGCGCAACCUAACAAGGGAUCUUGGCAACCCCAAGGCCCAGCGGGACCUAGCAGCCCUCAACAGGGAGGAUGGCAGCCUUCACUUCCUUCUGGCCCUGGUGAAUUUCAAAGUUUCAGCGGCCUAAGUCAGCCUGGGUCACCUGAUUCUGGACCUCAACAAGGACCUCCUCAGCAAGGAACUUGGCAGCCCCCACUACCUUCUGGACCUCAACAAAGAGGUGGACCGCCUCCGUCGUCCUUAGGACAGAGUACACCUCAGCAAUUACCAUGGCAACGUCAAGCACCAUCUGGAUCAAGCGGACCUCAAGGCCCGACUGGGCCCCAGCAGGGAGGAUGGCAGCCGCAGGAUUCAUCCGGACCCAGUGGGCCUCAAAGUCCUGGUGGGCCCCAGCAGGGAGGAUGGCAGCCGCAGGAUUCAUCCGGACCCAGUGGGCCUCAAAGUCCUGGUGGGCCCCAGCAGGGUGGAUGGCAGCCUCAGAGUCCAUAUGGACCAAGCGGAGCUCAAAGACCUGGCGGGCCCCAGGAGGAAGGAUGGCAGCCUCAGGGUCCAUCUGGACCAAGUGGACUUCAAGGACCGACGGAGCCCCAGCAGGAAGGAUGGCAGCCGCAAGGUCCAUAUGAACCUAGUGGACCUCAAAGUCCUGGUGGGCCCCAGCAGAAAGGAUGGCAGCCUCAGGGUCCAUAUGGACCAAGUGGACCUCAAGGACCGGCUGGGCCUCAGGGGAAAAUGGCAGCCUCAGGGUCCAUCUGGACCAAGGGACCUCAAGGGCCGACUGGGCCCCAGCAAGGAGGAUGGCAGCCGCAGGGUCCAUCUGGACCAAGUGGACCUCAAAGACUGGCUGGGCCCCAGCAGGGAGGAUGGCAGCCUCAGGGUCCAUCCGGACCAAGUGGACCUCAAGGACCGACUGAGCCUCAGCAAGGAGGAUGGCAGCCUCAGGGUCCGUCUGGACCAAGUGGACCUCAAAGACCGGCUGCGCCCCAGCAGGGAGGAUGGCAGCCUCAGGGUCCAUCCGGACCAAGUGGACCUCAAGGACCGACUGGGCCCCAGCAGGGAGGAUGGCAGCCUCAACCCCCGUCUGCUCCGAAAGAAGCCCAGAAUCCUCCAAGUGGAGGAUGGCAGGUUGGACAGCCACAGCCUCAAUUUGCGUCUCAACCCCAGACAGCUUUAGGUCCGCCGGCCACUAGCGUUGGUGGAUGCUCAGCCCAAUGUACAUCAGCAGGAUUUUUCAGAAAUCCCACGAAUUGUCACAAAUUUUACCGUUGUGUGGAUUUCUAUCAAAACGGGCAAUACACCAUAUUUCACUUCGAUUGUCCGGCUGGCCUUGUUUUCGAUGAGCGAAUAUCGGUAUGUAACUGGCCUCAGAACUCACCUCCUUGCAAUAACAUUGGUGGUGGAGGCGGUGAUGUAGGCUGUAUUGGAGCCUCUCAAACACCCAGCGGAGCGCCUCCAGUGCAAGACUUCGAUCAACCCAGCCAGGCGCCUCCAUACGAUCAAGGUCAGGGUCCCCCAUCAGGACCUGCAGGUCCCGAAAGAUCAUCCAGACCACCUGGUCUCGAGCAUGCUCCUCCAUCACAGGCAAGCUGUCCAUCAACUGGCUUUUUCCGUAACCCGCAGAAUUGCAACAAAUUCUUCCGCUGCGUAGAUUUCUGGGGCAAUGGUGACUAUACCAUUUUUCAUUUCGACUGCCCUGGGGGUCUUGUCUUCGACGAACGAAUCUCUGUAUGCAAUUGGCCUGAUCAAGCGCCACCAUGUGACUCAAGCAGUACUUUCCCAAGGCAAGUCAUGAUUUUGCCACCUGCAGCUCCAGAAACCUCGACGAAGAGUCCCGAAACGACACCACCUUCUGUAACCGAAAUGACGACAGAAUCCCCAAUCGAAAUGAGUACUGAUCUUACAACGGAAACGAUGCAGUCGACUACUACCGGUCGUACCGGCAAGAAACUUGAAGAUGAGAAGAAAAAGAAGCCUAAGCGUAUAAAGUGUCCAGACAAAAACAACCACGAAGUUCCAGGCGACUGCACAAGGUUCUUCCGUUGCGCUAAGGUUGGCAUUGGAAAACGAGCUCAGCUGUUCCAGUGUAUGGAAGGAUACAUAUUUGACAAAGAAAUACAAUUCUGUAAAAAGAUGCCGCCAGGAUUUCAAUGCAUGACUAGUGAAAUGAUGGAAGAAAUGGGACGUGCUGAGAUGGCGCCAUCUGAAAUGCACUUUAAUUAAAAACACCUGGCCACGUAUUUUUAGGCUUCUUCAGCAGCUGGACUACCACGGUAUCUAAUUACAAAUCUUCAUUUGAAAAUCGUUUCUGAUGCUACCCAGGUGCUCUCUAGAGCCCGAAAGCAUUCUGCCAAUAGACUGAUAGGUCGUCCCAUACCAUGCUUUGAUAUUUAUUUGUUUUCGACCUCUGUUAGAGCUGCCAAAUACAUACACGAGAGAGAAAGUUCCUAUAUGCACUCCCUGCGUUUUCAGUGGGGGAUUAUCUUCUGGUAGACAGUAAUGCGACUUUGGUACAAAUUUUAGUCAACCUACCAAACUGAACAUAUGGAUUCAGUAAAAAUGUUAUUGAUCUGCCACCUAGCCUAAGUCGCGUUCAAAUAAGUGUGCAUAAGGUCGUCAUUUAACAAAUCAAGGCGUAUUAGAUAACGCUUUGCACGUUAGGUCGAUGCACCGAGCGGUAUCGAGUUUGUGGCAAAUCUACAAAACCAUGCAUCUUCGCGACACAUAAAUACAUACAAUAACGUAUACAACAAUUGAGAUAUGAAAUACUGGUGUGUAGCGUAGCGGUUCUUUUCCGCUUAUUUUAUUUAGACUUGCUCAAGGGAAUGACAAGGAACGCGACCAUAUGCUCCAUGACUAGACUGAUCGUGAUACUGUGUUCCAUAAUCUUCUGAUAUUUAUUACCAGUUGUAGGAUUAUAUCAAACAUAUUUCGCCAACAGGCGUCAAUCAAACGCGUAGCUGUUUACAUUAGCCAUGAUCGUGUCGAUUAAUGGGGUUAUCUCGAAUCCCCUUCAAAACGGUCUGCUAUAUACGCGAUCGGAGCGGAGAUAGUUAAGCGAUACUACAAUUGGAUGUACGAGGUGUGAACGAGCGGAGAAUUCGAAUGACUUGAAUCAGGUGAUUGGCUAUAAGUAUACGACUAUUGCAAGGUAUAGUUAGGUGUCGAUCAGAAACAGCCGCCAUGUAGUUAACUUGAAAUAUAAGUACAUAUGCAACUUGUACAUAUUUACAUAAGUUAAAUAAAAACCGAUUACACGAGACAAUCAAUGAUGAUGACAAUAAUAAUAAUUAUAAUAAAAGUAAUAAUAAUCGGAAUCUGUCCUGAUUACUAGUAGUCUGCCAAUGUAUUUUUGAUAAUAUUUGGUUAAAUGUAGAUACAUCAGCAUCUGGAGUGUACCUAAAUAGAAAAAAAGAACGAUACAUUUCAAUAGUUUCGCUAUAGCUAUAUCCUAUCCAUAUAUACAUAUAGAUGAAGAACUCCACCGAAUCCCCCAGCGGUGAAAAUGUUUACUGCAAUUUAUUUGCUGUCGAAGAUAUUGCUCAUCAAUAACUUGCGUAAUAUGAAUAUAUUGAUGUCAUACUAUAAAUGGUAACGAGCGUAGCUUUGAGAUACUUUCCACAUGUUUGCAGCAAUCCCUAUUCAUCUAUAUCAUGCGCUGUAUGGUAUGUAGUAUAGUACGCGCUGGCGUGCACGUGCUUUCUUCAUAAG